AUGUUCUUCUAUCUGGAGCAAAGGGCAAAGAGAUCCAAAGUGCAGUGAGUUACAGUUACUUGUCCAUUUCUCAGAGUUUUUUCUGAACAUCCUGGUUAGAGAACAUGGCUAAAGACAUGAUGUUGUACUGGGGCUCGGGAUCUCCUCCAUGUUGGAGAGUUCAAAUCGCUCUGGAGGAGAAGAACCUGCAGGGAUAUCACCACAAACUUCUCUCCUUCGACAAGAACGAGCACAAGUGUGAGGAGGUGAUGAAGCUGAACCCGAGAGGACAGCUUCCCACAUUUAAACAUGGCGAUGUGGUAGUGAAUGAGUCCAUUGCUGUGUGUAUGUAUCUGGAGAACCAGUUUAAGUCUCAGGGCACUCAGCUGAUCCCAGAUGAUGUGAUGGAGCAGGCUCUGGUGCUGCAGCGUGUGUUUGAGACCAGCACACUGCAGCAGAAGAUGUAUGAGUGUCUGUUCUACAAUUACUUCAUCCCUGAACCUGAGAGACACGAAUCAGCACAAAAGAGACACAAAGAGAACCUGAAGACUGAAAUCACACUGUGGGAGAGUUACCUACAGCGGAUGGGAAAUGGAACGUUUAUGGCUGGGAGAAACUUCUCCAUGGCUGAUGUCAUUUUCUUCCCUGUCUUUGCUUUCCUCCCACGAUUUGGGUUGAGUCAGGAGCAUUAUCCUCACCUGAUGGAGUAUUAUGAGAUGGUGAAGGAGCGUCCGAGUAUUAAAGCAUCAUGGCCUCCUCACUGGCUGGAGAAGCCUACAGGAGGAGACACACUGAAAGACCUGUGAGGUGAUUUGGAACACAGCCAAUGAUUAACACUAAUACUAUAAUGUCUAAUAAGAGAGAAAUGUAACCUCCACUUCAUCUGGACCCUUUGUAUUUUAUACUAACUCCUCUAUAACUGACUGGAAAAAUAAAUAAUAAAUAAUCAUUAAUCUGAAGUCAUGCAACACUUAAUGUAGCUCUUAAAUAAAAAUGAUGUACAACAAUGAACAUUUCAACAUUAAAAAAUUAAAAGGUG